GCGCGCGUGACGUCACGGCACGGAGAGGUCGUGCCCGCCCCGGCGGGCGGUGAGGCCUGAGGGGGGGCGGUGCGGGAGCGGGCCCUGGUGGACCCGCGGCGGGACCCGCGGCAUGCCGGGGCUCGUGCUCUUCGGCCGGCGCUGGGCCAUCGGCAGCGACGACUUCGUGCUCCCGGGGGCCUUCGAGCUGUUCGUCAGGCUGGUGUGGUGGAUCGGGAUUUUUGUCCUUUACACGGUUCACAAGGGGCAGUUCAGCUGUCCCGGGGGAGGAUUGCUGCACAGCUACCUGCUCGGCCUCAUCAUUCUUCUGGCUUCCAUAAUAUGUGCGUUAUGUGCUCUUGUGUACGUCAGUAUGCAAGGAACAAUUUCUAAUCCAGGCCCAAGAAAAUCUCUUCCCAAAAUACUUUAUACUCGCCUGCUUCUCUAUUUCCCUGAAUUCAUCUGGGCUGUUGUAGGAGCUGUGUGGGUGUCAGACAACAGCGUGCAGUGUGAGAAGACUGUGAUAAAUGGUGUCAUUGGGACAGUUAUUGCAAGCUGGAUUAUCAUCAUCUUUACCGUCGUUGGAGUUGUCAUUGUCUUUGACCCCCUCGGGGGGAAGAAGACGUUCUACCUGCCCGACGGCGUGAGCCGCAACCUGGAGAGCAGCCAGUCGGGGCAGCUGCUCUACAACGUGAAGAGCUCUGCCACCAGGGUGUGGGAGAAGAGGAUCAGGCUGCUCUGCUGCUGCAUCGUGCAGGACGACGACCACCGGGUGGCCUUCACCAGCAUCGCCGAGCUCUUCCGCAGCUACUUCUCAGACACUGAUCUGGUGCCAAGUGACAUAGCAGCUGGUUUGAUUCUGCUCCAUCAAGAGCAAGAUAAAAUGGAAAAUUGCCCCAAAGAGCCUGAAGAAGUCCUGUGUCAUUCUCCAUCAUCUCUCGUGACUGAUGAUUUGGAUGCUGAGCUGGAGAAUGCUGCUCACUACAUGCUGUUUGCAGCAGCUGCCUAUGGCUGGCCCUACUACGUGUACACCAACCCAUAUACUGCACUCUGUAAGCUCAAUGGUGACUGUUGCAGAAACAGACCAACAGAUUCUGAUAUAACGGGCAGUGAUCGUCAUAACUUUCACUUUGGAUCCAUCCUAAAAAUAACAGGACUGCAGUACAGAGACUUCAUUCAUAUCAGUUUUCAUAACAAGAUCUAUGAGAUUCCAUUUUUUGUUGCUUUGGAUCACAAAAAAGAAGCUAUUGUGGUCGCUGUGAGAGGAACCUUGUCUUUUGAGGACAUUCUCACUGACCUGUCAGCAGACUGCGAGGACCUGACACUGGAGGAGGUUCUGGAGAAUGGGUUUGUGCAUAAGGGAAUAACUCAAGCUGCAAAUUACAUCUAUCGAAAGCUAAUAAAUGAUGGAAUUUUAAACCAGGCUUUCACAAUUGCCCCAGAAUACAAACUUGUGAUAGUUGGUCACAGUUUGGGGGGUGGGACAGCGUCUAUCCUGGCCAUCAUGCUCAGGAACUCCUUCCCCACGCUGAGGUGUUACGCCUUCUCUCCCCCUGGAGGGCUCCUAAGCAAAUCACUUGCAGAUUACACUAAGCACUUCAUUGUUUCAGUCAUUGUUGGAAAAGACCUUGUUGCAAGGUUAAGUAUGCCCAACAUGGAGGAUUUAAAGAGAAGAAUAGUGAGAAUUGUGGCAAACUGCAACAGGCCCAAGUACCAGAUUUUGCUGCGGGGCUGUUGGUACGAGGUGUUCGGAGGAGAUCCUGAUGAUUUCCCCACAGAGCUGGAUGGGAGGAGCCAGGAUGCCCUGAGCCAGCCCCUCCUGGCCGAGGAGAGUUUAAUGGUUCAUCGGUCGCCUUCCUACAACGCCCUCGAGGAGGAGCCACGCCUGAAUUCACCCCCCCAGUAUCCUCACCUGUAUCUGCCUGGAAAGAUUAUCCACGUUGUUGAAGAAGGCAGCUCUAGGAGGCUGUGUUCUUCAGAUAUUAAAUACACGGCAAGGUGGUCAAACGAAACCGUCUUCAGCAGCAUUUUAAUAAGUCCCAAGAUGAUCACAGACCACAUGCCAGAUGUUGUGCUCAAAGCUCUGAACAGUUUGUCUCAGGAACAUGGAUCGUGUCUGUCUUGUCAAACACGAGACUACAACCCCAGUGCAGUAUAACCACAGCUCGAGGACGACCUGGGAGGCUUUUUGCAGGUUUCAGGUAUCCAGGACACAUUCCACUUUCAUGCUUAAGUGGAUUUCAGUACUUUUCUCACAUUGCAUAAAAUGAACAAGGGUCUUAGUGCCCUGCAGGACCUCGGGGAGUGUUGUGCUGGUGCAAGCACAGACUGUGUCUCUGUGCUGAGGGCUGGGCUUUCCACAAGGGCUCAGGAUGAGAAGCUCCAGCCGAGCCCGUGCGCGCUGGCACAGCAGCUGAACGCUGACCAAAGUGAAUGUGUGU